AUGGCCUCCCCGCGCCUGGGAAUCUUCUGCUGCCCUUCGUGGGACGCAGCCACACAGCUGGUGCUGAGCUUCCAACCGCGGGUGUUCCAUGCUCUGUGCCUGGGCAGCGGCGCUCUCCGCCUGGUGCUUGGCCUCCUUCAGCUCCUACCGGGAUGCCGAUCUGUUGGUCACAGGGCGCCUGCGACAUCCCCAGCAGCCUCAGUCCACAUCCUCCGUGCUGCCACCGCCUGUGAUUUGCUUGGCUGUUUGGGAAUCGUUGUCAGGUCCACAGUGUGGGUAGCCUACCCAGAGUUCAUUGAAAACAUUUCCAAUGUGAAUGGAACAGACAUAUGGCCUGCUGCUUUCUGUGUGGGGAGUGCGAUGUGGAUCCAGCUGUUGUACAGUGCCUGCUUCUGGUGGCUCUUUUGCUAUGCUGUUGAUGCAUACUUGGUGAUCAGGAGAUCGGCCGGACAGAGCACCAUUCUGCUGUACCACAUCAUGGCCUGGGGCCUGGCUGUGCUGCUCUGUGUGGAGGGUGCAGUCAUGCUCUACUACCCUUCUGUGUCCAGGUGUGAGAGGGGCCUGGACCAUGCCAUCCCCCAUUAUGUCACCACAUACUUGCCACUUCUGCUUGUCCUCGUGGCCAACCCGAUCCUGUUUCACAAAACAGUGACUUCAGUGGCCUCUUUACUGAAAGGAAGAAAAGGUGUUUACACAGAGAAUGAGAGACUGAUGGGGGCUGUGAUCAAGACCCGUUUUUUCAAAAUAAUGCUGGUGUUAAUUGCAUGUUGGUUGUCCAAUAUCAUCAAUGAAAGUCUUUUGUUCUACCUUGAAAUGCAACCAGAUAUCCAUGGAGGCUCUCUGAAAGGCAUCCAGAAUGCAGCCAGGACCACAUGGUUUAUUAUGGGAAUACUGAAUCCAGCCCAAGGCCUUCUCUUGUCUCUGGCUUUCUAUGGCUGGACAGGAUGCAGCCUGGAUGUCCAUCCUCCCAAGAUGGUGAUUCAGUGGGAAACAAUGACUGCCUCUGCUGCCGAGGGCACAUACCAGACCCCUGUGGGUUCCUGUGUGCCCCAUCAAAACCCCAGGAAGAUGGUGUGCGUCGGGGGGCACACUUCUGAUGAGGUGCUGAGCAUUUUGUCUGAAGGUUCAGAUGCCAGUACUAUUGAAAUCCAUACUGCAACUGGGUCCCACAACAUAAAGGAAGUUGACUCCAUUUGCCAAGCCCAGGGGGACCUCUGA